UAUUGGAUUACGGUAAUUUGAUAAGAGCCAAAUUGAGAGACUUGCACCAUUCUCUCUUUUGCCUCCAAGCAGCCACAGCCACAUCAGACUCAACAGUCUAAAAUGACACAGGACCUUAUCAAGAAGAAACUCGACCCAAACAGCGACAGCACAGCGCCUGAACAGAAGCGCGUGCGACUCAGUCCGCCCAUUCUGCCCAGCGUGUCGACGAUCACGCCGCCGUCGCUGCCGCCACUGCCUCCACUAAGGGACGUCACUUCUCCGAAACUCGUCACAACUUCUGUAUCCCCUAAAACGUCAGUCACGGAAAAGAGCAACGCGCACAAGCUGGCGGAGCUGCGACGCAAAUAUCUGGGCGAUAUCGGCAUGGUCAUCCAGGAGCUCAAGGCUGUGCUAACCUACGGCCCUGGAUCGGCCAGCCCCGACGCACCCGUGUCGCCGUCCGUUGUGCUCAAGCUCGUGCGCACCGUCCAGACACUCGAGAAGCUGCAAGCGCUGUUACUGAUGAACCCAGCUCGGCUGCGUCGAGUGUCAGUGGCGCAGCUGGAGAUCGUCGAGCAGCAGAUCAAAAUGAACCUGCUCCCACUUGCCACUUUACUGCGUAGCUUCGACAACGAGGAAAAAGGCAAACAUUCGCGAGUGACAUCUCCAUUGGCAAGUAUCAAGAAGGUAGACCAGGGCUGGACCAGUAGCGACACGGACUCCCCCCGUUCCCCGUCAGGAGUGUCCGUGUCAGCACCACCUCAACAUGAUUGGCGUUUCCUGUCGAUGGCGCUUAGUCUGCAGUUGUAGUUUACCAUUAGCCUAUCAAUUUUAACGCAAUAAAGAACGAGCUAAUUUAUUGUAGAAUUCGCCUUGAGAAAUGACAAACAUUCCUUUGGAUAACUUGCAUGCAAGUCACCACCAGUG